GUGAGCUCCCAUGUCCUCUGUCAUGUGGAGCAGCCGGAGGAGACCUGCUGAGGAUGGAGGCAGGCUGAAAAGUCUGGUCAACUUUGUGACAGGCCGGUCGGUGUACGUGUGUGCGCACAGUUCACACCUACAGGUGGUAGCAAGGCACGAAAAUGGAUCCCCGUUUUGAUUUGAAGUAUCGUCCACAAGAUUCUGGUGUCUUAAACCAACAUAAGGAAGACAAGAAAAGAAAAAUAAGAAAUUCCCACAAUGUAGCAGAAGGAUCCUAUGGUGUCAGCAUCAGAGUUCAAGGAAUUGAUGGCCAUCCAUUUAUUGUUUUAAAUAAUAAAGAAGGACAUAUUUCACGUAAUUCUUCAGUGCCUGAAUUGGAUCGUCUUUCGCAAAACAGAUCAGUACUGAAUUCAAAGAACAGUCAAAAUUCCCUAAAGGACGAUAUUGAGGAUUUCCCAGAGAACCCAUACAAACCAGUGAGUAAUAUGUCAAAUAAAGGAUACCAUGUACGAUCUGGAAAUGGCACUUUGGAAUUAAAGGAAGGACCCCUAAAAACAAACCUGUUAAAUUUUCAAAGACAUCCUGAGCUUUUGAAACCAUAUGAUCCAAAUGGGCAUUCAUUGAACAUAGACGGUUAUAAGAAGUCUACGAGUACAAUAACGUUAUCUCCCACAGAGAAAGAAAAUAAGAAAGAUUAUAUGCCUUUUAUGUCACCGCUUAAAGAUUCAGUGAUAAAAAGUGUGUCAACAAGCCUGGUGGAUGGCAAGGACAAAUAUGCCAAGCAAGAAACCCAAGAGAGAGUGCUAUUAGUUAAUACUAGUAUUUUGAGCAGUGCUAGUGACAUUUGUACUUCCGAGUCUUUUACUUCCAGUAAUGGAUCACCUUAUAGUACAAAUUCUACAGCUGAAUCUAGAAAGACCAGACCUGAUGUUCUCCAGUUCAGAAGACAAGAUUCAGCUGGGCCAGUUCUUGAGGGAUCUCGAUCACGUAGGUCUUCCUGUUCCUCAGCAACUGCAACCUCCUCUCAUUCUUUGCAAAAAUUUUGGCUAGAAGAACAAGAAGAUGCUCUCUAUGCAGAUAACGUAAACCGUCAUGAAAACCGGAGAUAUAUUCCUUUUGUCCCUGGGACGGGCCGUGAUAUCGACACUGGAUGUAUUCCAGGUGUUGAUGAGUUGAUUGAAAAGUUUGAUUCAAAUACUCCUGUGCAAAGAAGAGGCAGAUCAGCUAAAAGGAAUAGGAUUAAUCCAGAGGACCGAAAAAGGGCCAGGAGUGUAGACAGCGCAUUACCCUUUGGUCUUCAAGGUAAUUCAGAUUACUUAAAUGAGUUCAGUAGAAAUUUGGGGAAAUCAAAUGAACAUUUGCUGAGGCCAUCACAGAUUUGUCAACAGAAAUCCCACACACAAAAUUAUAAACUACCCUUCAAGAGACAGAACACCACUGGAAGCCUUGCCAGCCAAACAGCGCCAACCGAAAGUGUUCAUAGGCAAACCUACAGGUCGCUGCCAUUUCAGAAGGACAUUAAGAAUAACCGAGUAACCUCCUUGGAUGAAACCGAUUCAGCCACACUACCAAGACAAAGCAAAAGUAACGGAGAACUUACAACUAUGACAUCCACACUAAAGUUACAGAACAGACUUGCUGUCCCAUCUGAUGAGGGAAAUAGGAAGCUGAAUGCGCACACUACAGGUCAAAGUGCACAGGCAACACCAGAUCUUUUGAAGGGACAGCAGCAACUUGCACAGCAGACUAAUGAGGAAACUGCAAAACAAAUACUAUUUAACUACCUGAAAGAAGGGAGCCAUGAUAAUGACGAUGCAACAAAAAGAAAAGUGAAUUUGGUUUUUGAAAAAAUUCAGACCUUAAAAUCUCGAGCAUCCACAGUGCAGACCCCAGACCCAACAACUGAAAUAAAGCUUUUGUCGGAUCAGAAAAAUGAACUUGAAAAGAAGGUUGUCACCCUCCAGAGAAAACUUGAUGACCAUAUUAAGAAUCAGGAAAGUAACAAAGAGGAGAAAUAUAAGACAAAGGCCGAUCUUAAAGACAUUCAAGAACAACUUGAACGCAGCAUGGAAGAAAAUUUAUCUCUUCGUGGGAAACUUGGGGAGAGUGAGAGAGAAUUAAGAAAACAUCUAGAAGAAUUGUUUGAGCUGAAGAUGGAGCAAGAGCAGUAUCAGACUGAGAUCCGAGACCUGCAGGAGCAGCUGUCAGAAAUGCAUGACGAGUUAGAUAAUGCAAAGCGAUUGGUUGUCGAUGAUGGGGAGAGAGAAGCUUUGAUACAGGAUCUUAUGCACAUGAAACAAGGAGUUCAAGAAUUGCUGAUGGCCAGGGAAGAACAAGAAGACUUGUUAAAAAAGAGAGAGCGUGAACUUACGGCGCUAAAGGGAGCCCUGAAAGAAGAGGUAUCCAGCCAUGAUCAGGAGAUUGAUAAACUCAAGGAGCAGUAUGAGAAAGAGCUAAAGAAGAUGCGAGAGAGUCUGGAAGAGGCAGUAAAGAAUACACGUGAUCUUUCCGGCCAGAAGAAUGAAGCAGAUGAAGUAAAACUGGUAUUUCAAAACAGGGCAAAAAGUUUGUUGCAAGAAAAUGAAGAACUGAAACAGAAGAUACAACAACUGGAAUUCAGAAUAACCGAGCUUCACCAGAAAAUCAAUGAACUGAAUGAAGACAAUGACAGAAUAAAAGAGAGGCUGAAGAAAACAGAAAAAGAAAAGCAACAACUGGCUGAAGCUUUGGAUGAAGCUAAUGAACAGGAGAGAGAAGCUCUGGAGUUCUCCCGAGGGCUGGAAAAUCAACUUGAGGACACAAAGAGAAGCCUUAAUAGGAUCAGCCAUGAACAUCAACAGCUAUCCGAAAGGUUAAAAGAUGAAUCUUAUCAGAAAGAACAACUAAGAAACCUGAAAAAUGAAAUGGAGAGUGAACGCUGGCAGCUGGACAAGACCAUUGAGCGAUUACAGAAAGAGGUAUCAGAGCAUGUUGAGUUUUCACGGACGUCCACAGUGGAGCUUCAGAAGCAGUUUGAUGACUAUAAAGAAAAAAAUCGUAGAGACAAUGGUGAAAUGCAAAGACAGCUAAAAGAUAAAAUCCUGGAGUUGGAGAGGUGCAACCAGACAAUUAGAAAACUACAAGAGGAGAUCAGACAUUUGGAAGAAAAUUUACAAGACCACCAGAGAGCUCAUGAUGAGUCGCUGACCAAGAACCAUCUCCUACAACAGACUAUUAAAGAUCUUCAGUAUGAACUGGAUGCCAAAAACCAUAUGAAAGAUGAUCGUUUAAAACAAGUGAAGUCAAUGGAGGACAAGCUAUCCCAGUUAGAGUUGGAACUCGAUGAAGAGAAGAACAAUUCAGACUUGUUGCUGGAAAGGAUAACUCGAUGCAGAGAACAGAUUGAACAAAUGAGGGGAGAACUACUUCAUGAGCGUGCGGCAAGGCAAGAUCUGGAGUGUGAUAAAAUGUCCUUGGAGAGGCAGAACAAAGAUCUGAAGAGCAGAAUUGCGCAUCUUGAAACUUCACAUCGAUCCAAUAAAGAAGGGCUUGUUGCUCAGAUGGAGGGAAGAAUAGCAGAGUUGGAAGAACGCCUGGAAAAUGAAGAAAGGGACCGGGCAAAUCUCCAACUGAACAACCGCAGGCUGGAAAGGAAGGUGAAAGAGUUAAUGAUGCAGGUCGAUGAUGAAAAUCUCACUUUAACAGAUCAGAAAGAUCAGCUAAGUUUACGAUUGAAAUCAAUGAAGCGGCAAGUUGAAGAAGCAGAGGAAGAAAUAGAUCGAUUAGAAGGUGCCAAAAAGAAGCUUCAAAGAGAUUUGGAGGAACAAGUUGACAUCAAUGAGCAGCUACAAGCACAGCUAAACUCAGCAAAGAAGGAGCUGAGUAGACGCAGAUGUUCACCAAGCAAGAUGUUGAAUGACUUGGAGGAUGAUGAUGAUCUGAGCACUGACGGAGACAGUCUUUAUGAAUCUUCUGUAUAUAAAUUUCAUAGAGAUGAUGUCUUAACCGCCUAAUUUGGAUCUGUCAUUUGGACUAU